GGCCCACCACCGGGCCGCUCGUCCUCUCCGGCGCGCGGCCUGCAGCGCCUUGUCGUCUUCGCCGCGCCUCCUCCCCGUCGCCGCCCUCGCGACGCCACACCGGACUCUCUCUCGCCCCUUUCGCUUUCGCCUCCGCAUUUUCAAAUCGCCCAACCACCACCACCACCGCCUAGUCCUCCUCCUAGUUAAUCAUUCCCCGCCAUGCCGUCCCCAGCCACAGUCGCAGCGUCCCACUCGGUGCCGCUGCUCGCGCCAUCUCCCUCCCCGCCGCCGCGAUGCCGGCGCCCCGCUUCCUCCGGAUACUCCUGCUGCUCGUCGCGCUAGCCUGCGCCGCGUCGGAGGUCGGGUGCUCCGACCGGCGGUUCCCGCACCUCGACCGCCUCCGGGAGCUCCACCGCAGGGAGGCUCGCCCCGCGGCCGAGCAGGAGGCCGCGGCGCGCGGGCUCCUAACACGCCUCCUCCCAUCGCACUCCGCCAGCUUCGAUUUUAGGGUCAUCUCCACGGACCAAUGUGGUGGAAAGGCAUGCUUUAUCGUGGACAACUAUCCAUUGUUUGAUGGAGAAGGGACUCCAGAAAUACUGAUACUUGGAAUAAGUGGGGUAGAAAUCUCUGCUGGCCUUCAUUGGUAUUUGAAACACUACUGUGCUUCACAUAUAUCAUGGGAUAAAACUGGUGGCACACAAUUAUCAUCAGUGCCGCGCCCUGGCUCACUACCCCGUGUUCCUUCUGGUGGCAUUUUGAUCCAAAGACCAAUUGGCUGGAGCUACUACCAGAAUGCGGUUACAUCCAGUUAUUCUUUUGCUUGGUGGGAUUGGGAGCGCUGGCAGAAGGAAAUUGACUGGAUGGCUCUUCAAGGAAUCAAUUUGCCCCUUGCUUUCACUGGGCAAGAGGCCAUAUGGCAGAAAGUUUUUCAGAGGUACAACAUUAGUAAAUCAGAUCUGGAUGAUUUCUUUGGUGGACCAGCCUUUCUUGCAUGGUCUCGGAUGGCCAAUAUGCAUGGAUGGGGUGGACCUCUCCCUCAGAGUUGGCUUGAUGAUCAGCUGGUUCUUCAGAAGAGAAUCCUCUCUAGGAUGUAUGCUUUUGGCAUGUUUCCAGUUCUUCCAGCCUUUUCUGGUAACAUUCCGGCUGCGCUAAGGUCAAAAUUUCCUUCAGCUAAAGUCACUCAUCUUGGAAACUGGUUCACAGUUGACAGCAACCCAAGGUGGUGUUGCACGUAUCUUCUGGAUGCAUCUGAUCCCUUGUUUGUAGAAAUUGGGAAGCUUUUUAUAGAAGAACAAAUCAGAGAAUAUGGUGGGACAAGUCACGUGUACAACUGUGACACUUUUGAUGAGAACACUCCUCCGCUAACUGAUCCAAAUUAUAUAUCAUCAUUGGGUGCUGCAACAUUCAGGGGGAUGCAAAGUGGUGAUUAUGAUGCUAUUUGGUUAAUGCAAGGUUGGUUGUUUUCUUAUGAUCCUUUCUGGGAACCCCCACAAAUGAAGGCACUUCUGCAUUCUGUUCCAGUUGGCCGAAUGAUUGUUCUUGAUCUAUAUGCAGAAGUGAAACCAAUAUGGAUCAACUCUGAUCAGUUCUAUGGUGUCCCUUACAUCUGGUGCAUGCUUCAUAAUUUUGCUGCAGACUUUGAAAUGUAUGGUGUUUUAGAUAUGGUUGCUUCUGGGCCUAUUGAUGCUCGACUAAGUGCCAACUCUACAAUGGUUGGAGUUGGUAUGUCUAUGGAAGGUAUCGAACAAAACCCUAUUGUUUAUGACCUGAUGUCAGAAAUGGCCUUUCAUCACAGACAAGUUGAUCUUCAGGUGUGGGUUAAGACAUAUCCAACAAGAAGAUACGGGAAAUCAAUUGUGGGACUGCAAGAUGCUUGGCAAAUUUUAUACCAUACUCUUUACAAUUGCACGGAUGGUAAAAAUGACAAAAAUCGUGAUGUGAUAGUGGCAUUCCCAGAUGUUGAACCUUUUGUUAUUCAAACACCAGGAUUGUAUAUAAGCACUAGCCAAACCUAUUUGACAAAGUCAUCUAUGAAUUACAUUGCGUUGGAUCCAUCCAAUAAUGAAUAUGAACAGCCACAUUUAUGGUAUGAUACCAAUGCUGUUAUACGUGCCCUAGAGCUUUUUCUUCGAUAUGGAGAUGAAGUCUCUGACAGCAGUACCUUCAGGUAUGACCUUGUGGAUUUAACUCGUCAAACGCUGGCUAAAUAUGCCAACCAGGUCUUUGUGAGGAUCAUUGAAAGCUACAAAUCAAACAACGCGAACCAUGUGAGCACUCUCUGUCAGCACUUCAUGGACCUUGUAAAUGACCUAGACACGCUGUUGACCUCCCAUGAGGGAUUUCUUCUUGGCCCUUGGUUGGAAAGUGCCAAGGGCCUUGCCAGAGAUAAAGAACAACAAAUACAGUAUGAAUGGAAUGCUCGAACACAAAUUACGAUGUGGUUUGACAACACGAAUACGAAAGCUAGUUUGCUUCGAGAUUAUGCAAAUAAAUACUGGAGCGGCCUGCUGCGAGAUUACUAUGGACCAAGGGCUGCCAUCUACUUCAAGUACUUAAUACUGAGCAUGGAGAGGAAAGAACCUUUUGCACUGGAGGAAUGGAGGAAGGAAUGGAUUAGCCUCACAAACAACUGGCAGAGCGAUAGGAAGAUCUUUCCGACCACAGCUACUGGAGAUGCUCUCAACAUCUCCCGGACACUAUACACGAAGUACCUGCGCAACGCUGAUUUAAUUCAGCUAGAAGUUUUUGUAGGCAUAGUGAAGAUUGCUUCGAGCAGACGGGCGCAGCGCUAAAAGGACCAUAUAAGAUCACUGGCCUGUAGUGGAGGUACUAUCAAUAAGACAGUUAAAAACUCCUUGCUCUAAUAACUUAACAAGGCAUGCUUUAGCCGCAAUCCAUUUAGAAGAGAAAUAUGAGCAGGGCUAUAGGCCAAGGGCCUAUUCGGUUGGGGUGAAUUUCAAGUGAACUUUGGAGGAAUUGAAGUGUUUCAUGAGAAAAUCUUGAAAAAACCUUGAGUUUUGAAGGAGCCCUAAAG